CUGGUUGUUAUCUCGGCCGAACUGCUCGUUCCCUUGCCAGUACUGUGGACCAUCAGAGUUUGAUUCUCUAUUAUCAGGCAUUAUACAAAGAGAGAAAAAGGAAAAAUUAAUAUUGUGCAGGAACAAGAAUAUGAAAAUAACUACACGUGUGCAAUCUGCAAAAAUUGUUUGAGAACAAAAUUUUCUACUAAAUAAAAAAUACAUCGUAUUGUUAUCUAUCUCGAUGAUCGUGCAUGGACAAUAUAGAUAAUAUUAUCUUUAUUAUCUAUGGUUUCCAGUGUGGUGAGAGGACACAUUGUAACUUAUAAUAACUAGAAAAUUUUGAAAUAUAUGAAAUUUGGCAAUUUCUGAAUCGUAUUGACAUUUUCAAAUUUUCCGCGACAAUGUGUAGCGUUAAUGAAGAAGGUGCUGAUGCGUUCGAAAUAUUUAAUAAUAUUGAACCAUUAGAAUUUAAAUGUCGUAAAUGUUUACUCGAAGACGGAAAUGUUGUUUUACAAAAAAAAUAUGUAUAUUGCAAGUCAUGUUUUGUGCCAAUGGUUACUCAUAAGUUCCGUGCUACCCUUGGUAAAUCAAAAUUAGUUAACAGAGGUGAACGUGUUCUAGUAUGUGUAAGUGGCUCCCAAUCAUCAGUAUCUUUACUGCACAUGGUAUGGACAGGAUUACAGCAAUCCACGUAUAAGAGAUUAACAUUUGAUCCUGUAGUAUUAUAUAUUGAUGAAAGUGUUUUACACAAUUAUCCCCAAGAUCAAGAUAAUAAAAUCAAAGAACUUUUUGAAAAAUACGGUUUUACUUACCACAUAGUAAAGUUUGCAGCAGCCGUUUAUUCAGAUAAUUGUUUGAGUGAAGAAACAUAUGAUGACCAAUAUAACGAUAAAUUAAAAAAUAUUUUUAAUAAUUUAUCUGACCUUACAUUAAAAGAAGAUAUGUUAAUAAAACUUCGCAAAUAUGCAAUAACAAAAUUAGCUGGACUGUUAAAUUGUACCCGAAUAAUGACUGCAGAAAAUGAACAUAAAUUAUCUAUUCGAUUGCUUUCAAAUGUGGCUCUAGGACGUGGAUCUCAAAUAUCUUUGGACAUAGGGCUUGCAGUUAACAAUAAAAAUGGUGAUAAAACAUCUUUAGUUACAAUAAGACCAAUGCGGAAUCUGUCUGCUAAAGAAAUUUCAUAUUAUGCUUUGUUUAAUAAUUUAGAUGAUUUUAUGCAUUCAAAUUUCUUAACAGCUACUAAUGAAGAUGAAUCGAUACAAAAAACUACAGAACGUUUUAUAAAUGAUUUACAAGUCGAUUUUCCUUCUACUGUGUCCACAAUAUUUAGAACUGGAGAAAAAAUAUCUGAAAAAACAUCAGCUAUAGCUUAUUGUUUAUUAUGUCAAGGCAUUAUGGACAUCAACAUGUCACCUUCUUCAGCUAUGGAAGCAACAAAGUAUUCAAAAUAUGUUUCGCUAAUGGGAAUUAAAGCAUUAGAACUUAGUUUAAAGGACGUUAAAAGUGAAGAGAAAAAAAAUUGUAAUGAUUGCAAAUGUAAAAAACAGGAUUUAAAAGAAGAAAUUAUUGAAAGCUUAUGUUAUGCUUGCACACAUAUAAUUCAAAACUUAUACGAUAGUUCACGUCAAGUAUUAAACAUGGAAUGGGGUAUUAAAGAAAAUCGUGUUGCUGUUAUUGCUUUAUUUAAGUGUAAUAAAACACCAUUAGAGAUUUUCAACUUGUUGAAACUGUUGAAAAUAACGAAAAAAUUUGUUUAUCGGACCAUAAAACGGUUCAACGAGUUCAACACUAUAGAUGACAAGCCAAGAAGUGGACGUCCACGUGAAAUAAGAACAAAUGCAGCAGUCAAAGCUGUCGCACAGAGGAUUCGUAGAAAUCCACUUCGCAAGCAAAAAAUCAUGGCUAGAGAAAUGAAAAUUCCACCAAGAACCAUGUCACGAAUAAUUAAAGAAGACCUUGGUCUUGGUGCUUAUCGAAGAAGCACCGGUCAGCGGUUGACCGACGCUUUACGUCAAAUUAGAACGACAAGAGCGAAGAAGUUACUUAAGCGGUACGCAAAAAAUGGCCACAGACAGAUACUGUUUACAGAUGAAAAAAUUUUUACUGUAGAAGAAAAAUUUAACCGUCAAAAUGAUAGAGUUUAUGCUCACAACUCUCGGGAAGCUGCUGAAAAUAUUCAAAGAGUAGAAAGAGGACAUCAUCCAGCCUCAGUGAUGGUUUGGUGGGGAGUGUCAUAUGAGGGUGUUACUCAACUGCAUUUCUGUGAGCAGGGAGUCAAAACACGUGCGGUUAACUACCAAAACGAUAUUUUAGAAAAGGUAGUGAAGCCUUUAAGUGAUACUUUGUUUGUAGGAAAGAACUGGACCUUUCAGCAGGAUUCAGCGCCUGCACAUAAAGCAAAAACCACACAACGCUGGUUAGAGGUCAAUUUACCUGAAUUUAUCGCCGCUCAAGAUUGGCCCUCGGGAAGUCCAGACCUCAAUCCUUUGGACUACAGACUGUGGAAUAUUUUAGAGGAGAAGGCCUGCUCUAAGCCCCAUCGAAAUAUCGAAUCAUUAAAAGCCGAUUUGGUAAAAUCAGCUGCCUCAAUACCGUUAGAAGUGGUGCGUGCUGUCAUAGACGAGUGGCCAGAUCGUUUGAAGAAGUGUAUAAAUGCAAAUGGUGGACAUUUUGAAUAGUAUUUAUUUUUUUUUAGUUAGUAAGUUAAUAAAGAAUAAAUAACAUCAGUUUUUUUA